AUGCAAUGAAAGUGCAGCGACGAUAUGCAAGGAAAUGGGCGAUAGUUCUGGUACACUGAGGUACAUGGAUUUAGCUGCAGAUGGAUAUGCUGAAUCCGGAAGUACUGAUUCUUCAGCUAUGGCGCUUGAUAAAGCUGCAAAAUGUUUAGAAGAUAUGGAUCCUGAAAAAGCUAUUGAGGUUUAUCACAAAGCACUAACAAUGGUGCAAGAAACAGAUCGUUCGCGUAUGGCUGGUGGAUUUAUGAAUCGACUGACUAAACUAUAUUUGAAACUGAAACGGUACAAAGAAGCAGCUAAUAUGAUUAAUGAAGAAAUCAAGAAAUAUAUGGAAGUUAAAGAAGUUGGUCGAGUGGGACAGCUUACUAUUGCUCUCGUUCUUGUCCAGUUAGCAUGUAGGGACACAGUAUCAGCGGCAAAAUAUGUUCAAAAAUCAUUCAAAUGUGAAGAAUUUGAAAUUUCGGAAGAUGCAAAAGUUUGUUGUGCGUUGAUCUCAGCAUAUGAAUCGGGUGAUAAUAAUCGUUUUCAACAGGUCCUUCAACAUCCAAUUUUAAGAAAUAUGGAUAAUGAGUAUCUACGUUUGAUGAAGGAAUUAAAAGCCAGUUCUGAAGUAAGUGGCGGAAGUAACAAUGACGCUAACGGAGAGGAUGAUGGAGGUGGUGAAGAUUUGAAAUAA